AUGGCGACUGAUCCGCAAAAGUACAUUCUCAACCACACUGCGCUGCGCGUGAAAGAUCCCGAGCGCUCGAUCAAGUACUAUGAGUUUCUCGGCAUGAAACAGCUUGCAAAGCUUGAAGACCCUGCUAAACAAGGGUUCGAUUGCUAUUUCUUGGGGUUUGACUCUCCCCAAAGUCUCUCGUAUGGCAAGCAACAAACAGAUCGCCAAGGCAUCCUUGAGCUUCAGUAUUAUUAUGGAGCAAAGGAGGAUGAUGAUUACAAGAUCAACAACGGCAACUCGGACCCCGGUAAAGGCUUUGGCCAUGUCUGCAUCUCUUGUGAUCACCUGCAGGCGGCAUGCCAAAGAAUCGAGGACGCUGGGUACAAAUUCCAGAAGAAGUUGACUGAUGGCAGGAUGAAAAGCAUAGCCUUUGCUUUAGAUCCAGACGGGUAUUGGGUGGAAUUGAUUGGGAUCAAUGCAGUGGAAAAGACCGAAAAUGAGAAGCAAACAGACACCAGCACCUACCGAUUCAAUCACACCAUGUCAUUACUACUAGCUUUGACCAUUCGCACUACCUCUUUGUUGGCAAGCAAUGCUGACAUAGAAACCAAAAUGAAGAUCCGCGUAAAGGAUCCGGAAACGUCGUUGAAGUUCUAUCAAGAGGUCUUCGGCAUGAAAUUGCACCGAACAAUCGAGAACUCGGCGACGAGCUUCAAUCUUUACUUCCUCGCUUAUGAGGACCGGAUCAGUGGAUUAGAGAAAGCUCCAGCGGGAGCCAAUCCAUUAGCCGGCCAGGAAGGAAUUCUAGAGCUGACAUGGAAUUAUGGAACCGAGAAGGACGAAGAUUUCACUUACCACAGCGGUAACGAAGAUCCCAAAGGCUAUGGUCACAUUGGCAUCAUGGUCGAUAAUCUAGGUGCUGCGUGCGAACGGCUGGAGCAAAAGGGGGUUAUUUGGCAGAAGCGGUUGAGUGACGGUAAUAUCAAUUUUCUCGCUUUUUGCAAAGACCCAGAUGGGUAUUGGAUCGAGACGUCUUCCAGACCGUACUAUGGCCGCCAUCAACCAGUCUCCAAGAGAGGCCACGUGCCUCAAAUUUCCAUCAGUGACGACAACCAUCAUGUAACCGAAGCCAUUGGUGAUAUGUAUGGCGAUCAUGACUAUAGCAAAAGAGAAGCUCGACCCUUGAGUUUUGUAUCUACUUCGACUGCCCCGGCAAAUACAUCUCCGCUUUCGCCUCAGCGGCAGACUUCCAAUUCAAACUCCCCUCCUCCACGAUCGUCCAGCCAACGGCAAGCUCUAGGAAGGACGGUGUCAGGUGACAGAAUACAUCCUGCCAUUAAUGGACAGAACAAUAUGAACAUGGCAAACAAAGCUACUGCAGGAGAUGUAGAGGGAAGCUCGGGGCAGCUGUCUCCCCGGCCUUCUCUCCGAAGGCAGCCCUCGACGUCCGAGACAGCCAGCUCCCAUUUUCCCUUGAACGACAUUGACUAUGAAUCGAGCCCCAAUGCAAUAGCGCAGGAGCUGAACAAUCUAUCCGCAUUACGGCGUAUGUCCAUGGACGUGAACGCCUCCCGCGACCCUGACCUGCCCUCCUUCAAUUCGAACUUUGGAAUACCUUCUGCGCCGCCGGAUAGUACAGAUCCAGACGACACUGCGAGGCUUUAUUGGGUUCCUGCAAGUGUACACCCUGAGCUGGCACCAAUGGAAUUCAAGACAUUCUUAGACAAAAAGGUCAAAUCCUUGAGACGCAGGUCGGAAGAAAAACAAGGAGCGCUCGCUGCGGACGGGGUAGAGCGUGACACAUCGAGUGCAAGUUUGAGAAGGAGAAGAUCAAUGUUGUCAAAACAGAUUGACAACACGAAUGGCCGAGGUGCAGAAGGCUAUCAAGAUGGCGCGGAGAGGCUUGAGAAGCGGAGGUCGCAAAGUAGUGGCGAACUUCUUAGUGGUGGAAUCACUAAUUUGCAAGAUCUCGAAAGGCUCGUUAAUGAGCCGGAGACAAUCAUACAAAGACUGAGUCUGGAGGCGGGGUCCGAGAGUGCUAGCGGGGAGGUCUUACCGGGAGACGACAUGCCUAUCCUACCCCAGAUACCACCGAGCAACAAUUCUCUAAAACGCUCGACAAGGACGACCUAUCGACGCGGGGGUAGUCUUCGAAGAGGAGAGAGAGCACCGUUCUCAAAGCGAGCAGCCCAAUUAGCUGGAGGAGGAGAGAUUGAUGGGGACCAAUCCCCAUCGUCAUCACCUCAGCUCCCGUCAGAUGAAGCAUUCAAUUUGUCACGAGUACAGACAGAACCUGCACCGGGCACUACGCCAGCCGCAGAGAACUUCUCGAGGCCGAAUAGGAUGAAUCGCCGCGCACAAAUGCCCUUAAGAGAUCACCCAGGUCAGCCAUCUGAAGAGCGUCCUGCCCGUCGAGGCUCAGAAAGCCAUGAUCAACGUCCCUCAGAUCUCCAACACUCUAGUCGUCAAAGUCCACAGCCGCGGCAUUUCGUUUCCCAAAUAGCAUCAAAUGGCCGAAUUGGCGUUCCACUCGGCAAGCAGAGUCCUGUGCCCUCGAUUGUAGAAACACCCCCACCUUCCGAUGCACAAAACUACCAGCCUCCACAGCGAUCAUCAUCUCACGUACCUCCCCAGUCUAUGCCACCGUCUGCUCCGCCUUCUGCUCCACCGAGUACCCAUCGACCUCAUGAUCGGAGCGCCCAAUCGCGGACCAACCAAAGCAUCAAACCUGGCCAGUCUUUGAAUGACAUGACGCAGCAUCCUUCACCGUUACCGGGGAAUAACACGCGAACAGAUAGCUUAUCAUUCAUACCAACGUUGACAGAGGAUAAAAAAGCCGAUGGUAAGAAACUCAAGGAUAAGAAAGAGAAGGACUCUGAGGGCGGAAGAAAGUCCAGUUGGAGCUGGGGCGCUCUACUUGGGAACGAGGAGAAAGAGAAAGAAAAGAAGAAGGAAGACGAGACUAAGAAGGCAAAGUCAAGAUUGGGCAAGCAAUCCGACAAAUCCUACGACAACACAAGACUGGAUGUUCUGCAAACUACCAUGGACAGCAACAGAGGCAGAGAGAGCCUUGUCCUCGAUCGAGGUGAUCUGAAGCUUGAAGAGGAACGAAAGAAGGAGAGUAGUCGCAAAUCUUCGGGUGGUGAUGCGAAAAAGGAGAAAGAAACUGGCUUCUUCUCCAGCUUACUGGGCGGAGGCAAGAAGAAAGCUGACCGAGAUUCCGCUGGUAAGAAGUAUUAUUCGAGGAACCUGUCCCCCGAACCCCCAGCAAGGAUUCUCACACCUGAUAUUGACUAUAAUUGGACUCGGUUCUCAAUCCUGGAAGAAAGGGCGAUUUACCGGAUGGCUCAUAUCAAGCUCGCAAAUCCUCGACGAGCGCUGCACUCGCAGGUUUUGCUGAGUAACUUUAUGUAUGAAGAAAAUGUUGUGAAUAUGGGAUUGAGCUUACGCAAGUCUAGGUACUCAUAUCUCGCCAAGGUACAGCAAAUGCAUCCUCAAGCCAACAUUCCGCAGUCAGUGGUCCAAAGGCAACAGGCUGCUCAGCAGAAGAAAGAUCAGCCUGAGGAAUUCUUGCAGUACCAAAAAUACCAAGAGCAGCAGCAGCGCAAAGAAGAUCAGGAGCAGCAACGAGCACCAGAGCAACAAGCACACGCGUCUCAGGCGAAGAACUCACAGCAGGACAAUUUCAUGGAUAUGGACUAUGAAUAUGACGAGCCUGAGCAAGAUCACGGACAUCGGCCGCAAUCUAGAGCCAGCCAGCAUUCAGCCCGAUCGUUUGAUAACAACAAUCAUGGUAACCACCAAAGGCGCAACCAGCGGCAUGGCCAACAGCACGGGCAGCAACAUGACUAUCAACAGACGUCACCCUAUGCCUAUCAGCAAAGUCAGUUUGAUGAACCUGAUCGAAGUGAUGACGAUAUGUGGUGA